UCCCCGGGAUGUCCCUACCCCAAGAUGGGCGCGCCAUUUACUAGUCUCACCUGCCUCAGCAUCCCGGCCAUGGGCGAGUUCCGAGAGCGGAAUUUAACUGGCGUCCUUGCAGCCCUGCCGGGCCGACCUCUCAAGCCCUCCGGGCGCUGGAGGGGGCCACCGUUCUGGGUUGGUUCCGACUCUGGAGUCAGGAGCCCACCUCAGACACUAGCGGUGUGACCGUGGCCGAGGCGCUUCACCUCAUCUGUAAAGUGAGGAGUUUGGACUUGGUGACCUAAGGCCCCUUCCAGUUCCAUAAUUAUGAUCUUAAGGUGCAAUGAAAAUUAAAAGCUCCUUAAGUUAAAAAAAAAGCAGGAAAUAAUCUGGAGCAGAGACUCUCAUAAAAGAUGUUUGUGAGGUAGAGUUUCAAGAUGUGGAUUUAGCUCUCAAAAAUUUACACCACCUUUCUUCCUGUGCACAUGAGGGACUAUCUUAAGUGCCGGAGAUAAUAAUACAAAGAACGAAAACAAUCCUAACAAUCUCAAAGGGGUGAAGAUUUCCCAAGAAUAUAUCAAAAAAGGACUGAGCUCUUCAAGGCCAUCAGUUGAAGUUCAUAUUAACUUGUGGAGAGUGUGAACCUACCACUGAUCUCUUGUAAGAAACCAGAAUCAGCAUGCCUGAGAAUCAGGGAGCAAGCUGUAAAAGCCAUGACAGCUUUCCUGGCACCCCCAGUGGAAGUUCUGUGUUGUGUUUUGGACAGUACCAGUACACAGCAGAUGAGUACCAGGCCAUCCAGAAUGCUCUGAGACAAAGGCUGGGUCCAGAAUACAUCAGUAGCCGACAAGCUGGGGGUGGCCAGAAGGUCUGUUACAUUGAAGGUCAUAGGGUCAUCAGUCUGGCCAAUGAAAUGUUUGGUUACAAUGGCUGGGCUCAUUCUAUCACACAGCAAAAUGUGGAUUUUGUUGACCUCAAUAAUGGCAGAUUCUACGUGGGGGUCUGUGCAUUUGUGAGGGUCCAGCUAAAGGAUGGUUCAUAUCAUGAAGAUGUGGGUUAUGGUGUUAGUGAGGGCCUGAAGUCAAAGGCCUUAUCUUUGGAGAAGGCAAGAAAGGAGGCAGUGACAGAUGGACUGAAGCGAGCACUCAGGUGUUUUGGGAAUGCUCUCGGGAAUUGUAUCUUGGACAAGGACUAUCUGAAAUCUUUAGACAAGCUUCCACGACAGCUCCCAUCUCAACUGGACUUAGCCAAUAUCAAAAGACAGGACUUUGAGCCCUCUGUAGAGCAGACAAGAUAUCGAAGCUGCCUAAAGAACAUGGUUCCUGCACCCCCACAGGUGAAGGAGGUGAUGUCCCCUUGUGGACCAGGCUGCACAGAUGCUCCUGUCAUCGUGGCAGAGGGCGAGCCAGGAAGUGGCUCAUGCAGAAACACCUCAUCCUUGGAGGGGGAUGCCACAUACCAGCGGAAGCUUCGGCAAAAGCAGUUGCAGCAGGAGUUCCGGGAGCAGAUGGAGAAGCAGCAACAGCAACAGCAGCAGGAUCAGAUAGCGGCUCCUUCAGGGGAAUUUCAGAGUCACAGUAGAUCAGAAAAGCCAGAAGCAAUGGCCUUGGGGACAAAGAGAGGAGAACUUGGAGUCCCUCCCCUGAAGCACAGUACUCCUGUGACUGCUACCCCAGGCCCACUCACUCAGGAAUUCUUUGAAGAUAACCCUGAAAUGUGGGAUGUCCCUUUGGAUGCAGAAGACAUCAAUGCUGUCAAGCCUGUGCCGGGCUCAGGUCCCAGUUCAUCCGACCCUCCAGCCACUCCUGGCUUAAAGAAUCACAUGACAACCUGGGGCAAGAUGCCUCCUGAGCCGAGUCACCAGAGGUCCACUUUGUCAGGGAAUUGUAGCUCUUACAGGAAGAGUCAGGACCUGAAGAAACGAAAAUUGGAUUCCCAUUAACUGGGGCCUGGAACGCUUAAGAUUCUGGGCUGUAUAUGGACCUAGGAAAAUACUAGAAGGUGUCUGUGCAGAAGAACACUUUACCUCCUUCAUGGCUCUGAGGUUGCAAUUAGAGUUUGUUAAAUUCCCUACAAUUCUCUCCCGGUGACACAAGUCUUUCUCCCUUGGACUUAUCAGACUUUAGUCAAAGCUUUUUCCCAAAGUGAUACUUUUUAGGUACCAUCUUGAGUCUUGAUACAUUUUUUAAAUCAAGCAGAUCUCAGUGCCUGUCUUCUCAAUACACUGCAGAUGAAAUUUAGGAGGAAGUCAUCAACCUUUUUAGAACCCAAGUGCUGUGGAUGGAAUGCCAGUCAAUCAGAGCUCUGUCAAUUUGUAAAUGGAACCAUGUUUGGUUAAGACUAGCAGAGACAAGUGGUGCUUAGAAGGUAAAUGCCUCUCCUUUUGUUAUUGGUCUCUGAGUCUUUGCCCUUCUUAAAUUAAUUUGUUAAUAAAAUGUAGGUUUUGAGUUGCUAGUUGGCAGCUUCUAGCAGUACCUAUUUUCCAUCAGUAAGCACAUUUCCUCAAUUAAGAGCCAAUUGGGGAGCAGCUAGGUGGUGCAGUGGAUAGAGUGCCGGCCUUAGAUUCAGGAGGACCUGAGUUCAAAUCUGGCCUCAGACACUUAACACUUAUUAGCUGUGUGACCCUGGGCAAGUCACUUAACCCCAGUUGCCUCACUAAAAAAACAAAAAAAAAGCCAGUUGGAUACAACUAGAGGGUAAAACAUAUGGAGAGCUAAGAUAACCUGACUUUGCUGCUUAAUACAUCUGCUCCCCUUAGGCCAUUCUCUUUUCUUCAUUUGAGAUUAUCACCUCUUUAUGGCACCCACAGCCUGCAUUUAUUUCUUUUAACACCUUGAAGACCAAAUACCCAGAAGCAUAAUCUGUGCAGAAGGGUUACAGACUGAUAUCCUUGGAUCUUGCCAGAGAGCACAGUUGCCUCCUAUAGAGCAAGGGAAUUGUCACAAGGUGGUUCAGCAACCACUACUAAAACCUCCACUCCCCAUCUCCGGAGUUAUUGUGUUAAUCUACUUUUAAAACUUGACAUUCACCAGGAGUCUGUACUUGACUGUCAUUGCUAGAACUAUUACUUUUGUGUCCCUGUCUUCCAUUGAAGAGGCCGAUCCUUCAAAUCAUUCACAACACUCAACUGUACCUUAAGUGAGAACCAUUAAGGGAUAGCUUGCCUAUGAGCCACCUAGCUCAUAGGUUCAUUUUGAGGAUGAAGUCAGAUAAUGUGUUUUUUGCAAACUUCAGUGUGCUAUAUAAUUGCGAAUGAGGAUUAUGGUGUUUUUUCCUGGCACAAAUCAACCUUUGUGCAUGCUUUCCCAUUCUUCUCCCUCCACCCUAACCCCCCACCCCCCAAUUCUAAGUUCCUUGAGGAUAGGGACUUUUAAUAUCCCUACUGCCUAGCACAUAGUUGGUGUUACGGGAGAGAGCUUGACCCUGCACGAGUUUUUAAAAAAUAUAUGCUUAUCAUGCAGUAUCAUCUUAAUUAUUUAGAUAUUUUUAUCCCUCUACAAUAUUGAUUGUAGGCUUGUUCAUUUAAUAUGGCAAGGCCCCUUUAUAUGCAGCUAUGUGUGAGGAUGUUGCCUCCAUCUGUUCCAUUGGAGAAAGAUUGUGGAGAUACUUUCUUGGACUGUAUUUCCCAUUUGGCUGUCAUACAGCAAUAUACUGUUAGCCAAGACAUGAUGUUUGUUUGCACAGUGAAAUAUACUCAUCUUUUGGAAAGCUAGGACAUGGAGAUUAUCCUCAUCAUUUUCCCAUCCCCAAUGGUGGCAUUUUGAUGAGAGUUCUGUCCUGUUACUCUUGACUUUCCUCUCCAUAGAUAAGCUUUCUUUUGUCACUUUGUUUACAUGCUCACGACUUAUUUCUGAAAGGAAAAAAGGAAAACUGGUAUCUCUAAUGUAGUUGAUCCAAGUGCUCAAAUUGGUGUAAGCAUAUUGUUUGUUAGCUAGGAGCCUUAGGACUUAGGCCACCAGGGCUCUGGCAAACUGGGAAAAAAGGCUGCAAAUGAAACCCCCACAGCUCAACAAAAGCAAGUUUGGUUUAUUUGAAUGGUUUCAUUAAAUAAGUCUACAAAGGUAACAAACUGCAGCGCAAAGCGCAAUCUUACAAGAAGCGCAACGGCCAGUUAGUGCAAAAUGUACAAUUAACGGCUGCUCAGAAACCCCCAAGGUUUGAAUUCAUUUUAUUUUUUUUUUACAGUGUACAUUGUUAAAUAAUGUAAAGAAAACAUUUGUAAUUAAGAAACAGUUUUUUUUAAAUGUGGAAAAAGAUACUCAAAGUGUACUAUUAACACAAAAUAAUUUAAACAGUUCAGUAGCAUUAGUUUAUUCCUCUAGAUUUCAGUUAUUUCAUCCACAGGUGGGAAAUCAAUAGCAAAUA